GCGGCGGGGGCCACUUGGGGCCGUCGCACCGGCAUCGACCACCGCCCCCUCGGGAGGUCCCCUGCCUCCGCCGCCGGGACGCGGGAGGGGGGCGUGAGGAGGGGCCGGCGGGGGCGGCCAAUGCGAAACUGGCUGGUGCUGCUGGGCCCGUGCGUGCUCGGGGCGGCGCUGCACCUCUGGCUGCGGCUGCGCUCCCCGCCGCCCGCGCGCGCCUCCGCCGCGGCCCCCGCAGAUCCACCGGCCUCGUUUCCUCCGGGGAAAGACAGCCACUAUGACCUGGUAGUCGGUGUGUUGUCAGCCCGCCAUAACCAUGAACUUCGAGACGUGAUCCGGAGCACCUGGCUGAGGCACUCCCGCCAGCACCCCGCCCUCAGCCAGCGGGUGCUGGUCAAGUUCAUCAUCGGCGCCCGGGGCUGCGAGGUGCCCCUGGAGGACCGGGAGGACCCCUACUCCUGCCGGCUGCUCAACAUCUCCGACCCGGUUCUGAACCAGGAGAUCGAGGCCUUCACGUUCCCGGAGGACGCGCCCGCGGGCUCCUCCGAGGACCGCGUGGUGAGCGUGAGCUUCCGCGUGCUGCACCCCAUCGUGAUCACCAGCCUCGGGGUGCUGGGCGGCGCCGGCGCCGGGGGCUUCCAGAGGAACAUCACCGUGCGGCUGUACCAGGCCGAGCAGGAGGAGGCCCUCUUCGUGGCGCGCUUCAGCCCCCCGAGCUGUGGGGUGCAGGUGAGCCGGCUGUGGUACAAGCCCGUGGAGCAGUUCGUCUUACCCGAGAGCUUUGAAGGCACCAUCGUGUGGGAGAGCCAGGACCGGCAGGGCCUGGAGGCCAGAGCGCUCGGCAGCGUGGCAGUCCACGACGGGGGCGGCGUGCUCAGGGUCACCGCGGCCGGGGAGGGUGCGUGGCCCCCGGAGCCCCCGGAAGGAGUGGAGGGCGUGGCCGGCGGCUUCAUCUACACGAUUCAGGAAGGCGAUGCUCUCCUCCAGAACCUCCGCUCGCGCCCCGGCCGCCGCGCCGAGCACCUGCGCAGCCUGCGCGCGGAGGACGCCGCGCUGCGGGGGGAGAGCGGCCGCCACGGCGACAUUGUCUUCGUGGACGUGGUGGACACCUACCGCAACGUGCCCGCCAAGCUGCUCCGCUUCUACCAGUGGACCGUGGGAGCCACGAGCUUCGAUCUGCUGCUGAAGACGGACGACGACUGCUACAUCGACCUGGAGGCCGUGCUCCGCAGGCUCGCCGGGGGCUCCCCGCGGGGCCCGAGCGUCUGGUGGGGAAAUUUCAGGCUCAACUGGGCCGUGGACCGGACGGGGAAGUGGCAGGAGCUGGAGUACCCCAGCCCCGCGUACCCCGCCUUCGCGUGCGGCUCGGGGUACGUGGUCUCCCGGGACAUCGUGCACUGGCUGGCCGGCAACGCGGGCCGGCUGAAGACCUAUCAGGGUGAAGAUGUGAGCAUGGGCAUAUGGAUGGCGGCCAUCGGACCUAAGAGAUACCAGGACAGCCUGUGGCUGUGCGAGAAGACCUGCGAGCCGGGCAUGCUGUCCUCCCCGCAGUACUCCCCGCAGGAGCUCGCCCACCUGUGGAGGCUGAAGGAGCGGUGCGGGGACCCGUGUCAGUGUGAGGCCGGAUGAAGGGGACUCUGGGGGAGGGGCCCGGGGUCCGAGGGAACCCCGGGGAGCAGGUGCGGCUCCUGGCUCGGUGUGGGCUCCCCCGGGCCCCGUUGUGUGGCUUCAUGUUUGCAGUUUCCUCUGAGAAUCAACCCGGAUGCUGUAGCAUAACAACUUUAUCUAUAUAGCGGGAGAUCUGAAAAAUACCAAAUAGUUUGUAAAUCCUGCUGUGCCAUUCUAGUUAGCUUCACUAGCUACCGUUUUUGGUUAAAAGGCGGCUUGUUCAGAAACCUUGAGUGACUGAGAGUUGGACUUUCGGCCUGGAUUGCAGACUAGCUUCAUAUAACACGGUUAGGACAAUGACAUGAGACGAAAAACAACUCUCACAAAUGCUGUGUGAUGCUGUGGUCACAUGUACCAAAGUGUGGGUUUCUGGAAAUGACGUCACUCUCUGUGGGUGUCUGAGGCAAAGGGGGCAGUUAGACCUGGGGGAGAACCCAUUAAUUCUCGGUUCUGGACCUUGGUUUUAAAGUUCAUUUAUUAUUAAUGGACUAAUGCACGUGUUCUUUUGCCGUUUCACACAAAUCCUGGGAGUCACCGUUUAGUGCUCCUACUAAAAAGGCGACAUUUUAGUGACUAUAAGUAAAAUCAAAUACUCUCAGGGUGAUAGUGCCAGAGCGAAGGCUAUUUUUCAAUAGUGGACGCUUUGAAAGAAUUACGCUUGCCUGCUGUCACUGCCAAGUUUACCUGAUAUGAGUGGGUUUUUGUCAGGGCUGGGAUCACUGACAGAGUACAGGCUUCUGUAGGUUAACUGCAGGAGAAAGCAUGUAACAUACGUGAGAAGUGCUCUUCCUCUGGGCACUGCGUUCGGGAGGAGCGACCGUAGCAUGUCUGCUGUACACAGUGGAGGGUGUGCCCCUAAGCUUAAGGGACAUUUCCCUAAAUGACGAACCAGAUCACUGUAGUAGCUUUUAAACCAAUAAUAUCAAUAGAGGAUUCC